AUGGGCCCCUGUACCGCCUCCUCAUGCUGCUGCCAGGCCCGUAAUCUGCCAUGGGCCCCAGUACCGCCUCCUCAUGCUGCUGCCAGGCCCGUAAUCUGCCAUGGGCCCCCCUGUACCCGCCUCUUCAUGCUGCUGCCAGGUCCAGAGUGUCUCAUGGGUCCCUGUACGGCCUCCCAUUGCUGCUGUCUCCAUCGCCACACUCUGCCAUGUGCCACUUUCAGGUCUCCUCACACUGCUGGUGUGUUCCAUUUUGUCAUAGGGUGCUGUACGGCCUCCCAUUGCUGCUGUCUCCAUCGCCACACUCUGCCAUGUGCCACUUUCAGGUCUCCUCACACUGCUGCAGCAUGAGUGAAGUGUGCGGUGAUUCUAAGAUCGACGGCACUCAUCUGCAUGUCAUACUGACUGACAGUAUUAUUUCUCUUCCCCAGUCAGACUCCAAGGGCAUUUAAAUUAAAGGUACAGUGUUCUGCACUAAUAUAA